AUGAAGACGAUCGGCAGAACGUGUAGAGUUUUCCCAACGCUGCAGAAACGAUGCAACGAUGUGCGGGAAAUACGAGGGAGGCAUUACUUCUCCUCCUUGAAGGACGCAAACGGGUUGAAGAGCGCCAUUUUGAGUUAUGCCGACUCAGUGGAGGACUUCAUUCAGAGGAGAAAAGAACAUGAGGUGAAAGUGAAAGCCAUUUUUGAGGAGCACUAUGGUGGGUACCCGAGGGAGGACGAAAUGGUGUCCCUUUGCAUGGGGUCAUGUGAAAAGGAUAUACUAAAUGGAGACGUGCCCAACAUAAAAAGGUACCUUCAGGAGGGGCAUUCCAAUGGGAAGCAUAGCGACGUGGCAAAAGGGAAUGAAGUACCCUUUUUAAGGAGAACAAAGAUGCUCAAAAUUUUAACCACCUGUGGAAUUCGAGUGCCCCCCAAAGUGCUGCUCUACUACGCCCUCGAGGCAGUAACGAAACUGGGGACUCAUCUGGAAGAACACAAGGGGAAUAUAAUAAGACACGACGCGGUGACGAAGAGGGAAAAUUACAUCCGCAUUAACAGCUACUACUACGAUAGGGAGAAGGUACCUUUCCCCUUCAUGUCUUUAUACCAAUCGAUAAGCAACAUAUUGUAUAGCGUAAGUGAGAACAGGAUUGAAUCUACGGAGACGUACUUACAUUUGAAGGAUUUAAUUGUCCAAAAUUAUAUGAACAUAGAAGACGUUGUGAGGAAGGCACCGGCUUCUCUCAACAUUAGUGUGCUCUUCUUCCUCGUCAAUUUGUGCAUUUACUUUGGGAAAAAUGUAAAAUUAAAAAACCUCUGCAUAGAUGUGCUAAACCCGUAUGUAGGUGCCAUCUCGGAGGAUGAAAGGAACAUUUCUUCGGAUGACGCCUUUUACCUAAUUUUGGCCUUGCGCCUUUACUUUAGCAGCUUUGGCUACAACACGGAUGUGUUGAAUCGGCUGACUAGCCACAACAAGCAAUUCGUCUCUUCUGUUCUAUCUCUGGCUAACCCCUCGGAUGGGUUCUACACAGAAGAGAACACACGAUACGCCUACAUAACGGAGUUCCUUAAUAGACAAGACAAACGCGUCGAACUGAAAAAGGUGCACGUCCCGCCCUUCGCCUUUUCCCUCACCUCUCUGAACAACCGAACGGUGUACAUUUUGGACUCCCCUCGGCAGUACUACGCUAAUGAGGCGGCCACCCUGCGCAGUUGCGUUUUUUGGAGGUACUACCUCGCCGCGAAGGACGGCUUCACCCUCGUGCGUCUCUGCCAAAAGGAGGACUACGCCGAUUUGUUCACCGAGAGCAAGCGGGAUGAAGUCUUGCAGGCAUCUAUCAGUAGGGAUUACCUAUACGACUGCGACGAGUUGGUUCGCCCACCUGGGCUGAAGCAUGUGGAGGGUAAAGGUUAG